CCCGGGCGGCCAUGGCCAUUCCCGGCAUCCCCUAUGAGCGACGGCUUCUCAUCAUGGCGGACCCUAGAGAUAAGGCGCUUCAGGACUACCGCAAGAAGCUGCUGGAGCACAAGGAGAUCGACGGCCGUCUGAAGGAGUUAAGGGAACAAUUGAAAGAACUUACCAAGCAAUAUGAGAAGUCUGAAAAUGAUCUGAAGGCCUUACAGAGUGUUGGGCAGAUUGUGGGUGAAGUGCUUAAGCAAUUAACUGAAGAAAAAUUCAUUGUUAAAGCUACAAAUGGACCGAGAUACGUUGUGGGUUGUCGUAGGCAGCUCGACAAAAGUAAGCUGAAGCCAGGAACAAGAGUUGCUUUGGAUAUGACCACACUAACUAUCAUGAGGUAUUUGCCCAGAGAGGUGGACCCGCUGGUUUACAACAUGUCUCAUGAGGACCCUGGGAAUGUCUCCUACUCCGAGAUUGGAGGCCUGUCGGAACAGAUCCGGGAAUUGAGGGAGGUCAUAGAAUUACCUCUUACAAACCCAGAAUUAUUCCAGCGUGUAGGAAUCAUACCUCCCAAAGGGUGUUUGUUAUAUGGACCACCAGGCACAGGAAAGACACUCCUGGCGAGAGCUGUUGCCAGUCAGCUGGAUUGUAACUUCUUAAAGGUUGUAUCUAGUUCUAUUGUAGACAAGUACAUUGGUGAAAGUGCUCGUUUGAUCAGAGAAAUGUUUAAUUAUGCUAGAGACCAUCAGCCGUGUAUAAUUUUUAUGGAUGAAAUUGAUGCUAUUGGUGGUCGUCGGUUUUCUGAGGGUACUUCAGCUGAUAGAGAGAUUCAGAGAACUUUAAUGGAGUUACUGAAUCAAAUGGAUGGAUUUGAUACUCUGCAUAGAGUUAAAAUGAUCAUGGCCACAAACAGACCAGAUACACUGGAUCCUGCUUUGCUGCGUCCAGGAAGAUUAGAUAGAAAAAUACAUAUUGAUUUACCGAAUGAACAAGCAAGAUUAGAUAUAUUGAAAAUCCAUGCAGGUCCCAUUACAAAGCAUGGAGAAAUAGAUUAUGAAGCGAUCGUGAAGCUUUCAGAUGGCUUUAAUGGAGCAGACUUGAGAAAUGUUUGUACUGAAGCAGGUAUGUUUGCAAUUCGUGCUGAUCAUGAUUUCGUAGUACAGGAAGACUUCAUGAAAGCAGUCAGAAAAGUGGCGGAUUCGAAGAAGCUCGAGUCUAAACUGGACUACAAACCUGUGUAAUUUACUGUAAGGCUUUUGAUGGCUGCAUGACAGGCAUUGGCUUAAUGUCAAAAUAAAGUUAAGGAAAAUAAUGUGUGUAUUGGCAAUGAUCUCAUUAAAAUGUAUGAAUAAAAUAUGUAUGAGUAACAAAUUAGUAUAUAAUUCUGUGAUUCUCAACUUUUAAGAUUGGUACUGAAGAAAUUUGUAUGUUGUUAAUGUUGCAUUAAUUGCAGCAGAAGUUACAAAAGACUGUUGGAGCUUUUCACAUUUGCUGUGUGAACAUUUUGUAGAACAUUGCAGAUGGUCUGGGGGUACAGGGGGCAUUUCUUAUGACUUAUUUUAUAUCAUUUGUUUUCUUCAUCCUAAAAGUUGAAUAAAAUGUUUGAUUCAGUUCUCCUAAAUAUAUUCUGAUCUUCUCAAAGAGGACAUUUGCUGUAGUCCUUUAAACUCUUUAGUAAGUAAGCUAUUUAUUUGAUAAGCCAGAUGAACUUGUAUCUAGGUAGGUUUUUGGCUUUUCCUGUAAAAUAGCCCCACACGUGGUAUUCAUAGAACCUGUUGAAUAGAACACAGCUGUGUGAGUGUGUCCUCCGAACACAAGGCCAUCCUGCUGUGAUGAGGCUGUGUGACAGCCGCUGGAAAGAUUACCUGCACAUACGUAACUUUCUGAAAAUUAUGAUUAAAAGUAAUAUUUGCUAA